CGUGUUUCCCAUGAACAGUGAGUGACUUACGUUGUCCACAUGGGUGCGGGCCCUUUUGUUUUUUAUGCUGUUCUUCCAAACCAGGAGUGUACUAGUCCACUUCCAUUGUAAUUACCCUCUUCUUUCUCUGCAGCUUCUCUGUUUAUCUUACUCUAACACACACACAUACACCAACCCUCCCUCUGUUCUGCUUCCAUUCCACUAAAGUUUUGGUUUUUCUGGCCUCUCCAUUCUUCUUCUUCCUCUGGGUUUUUCACUUGUUGGAUUUUCUUACUCUCUUUCAUUGUCAAUGGAUAACCAGGAUCAAAGAAGAACUCACACUGCAGGGCACGAGAGUCAUGGAGUUCAUCUGUGUCACAAAUGUGGAUGGCCAUUUCCAAAUCCACAUCCGAGUGCCAAGCACAGGCGUGCUCAUAAGAAGAUCUGUGGAACCAUUGAAGGUUACAAACUGUCCGCCUCCGAGGGACAACCCCAUUUGAAUGGCUCAGAUGAUGAACAUGUUUCUGAUGAUGAUCACAAAACACCAGGUUUGGUUGUGUCAGGUCCAAAAUCCUUGGAGACAGGCAACAAAGAGAAGGGCAAUGAAGGAAAUGGAGAAAAAAUAAUUAGAUCAGAAGAUGAGGUGUUCUCGGAUGCAGUUGCAGACUUUUCGGAUAGUGGAUCAAUUCCAGAAAUCAAGGAACGGUUGCAAGAUAGUUUGGACUCAGGUGCUGAUGUGGAAAGGGUUGACAUAAAAGAAACAAAAUUUUCAGGGUCUUCUGAGGACAAAGAUUUCAAUGCUGCAGAUGCAAGUCAGUUAAUUGACAAGUCAACUGAUGACAGCCAAAUUCAAAAUCCUAAUAUUUUUCAAAAUGAAAGUGUUGAAUUGGGAAACAUGGUGGAGUUGCAAGGUCAAUUGUCGGGCCCUACUGUGGAUCCAUUGUCAAGUUCCAUUGCAGACUUGAGAACCGAAGUAUCAACUAAUGUGGAUAGUGAUGUUUUUUUUGGUUUGUUAAGUGACUCACUUCCUGGCAAAGCUGAAGCCAUGCUUGAUAUAUUGCCAGAAAAGAAAAUCCAUGCUGUUGAGAAUGUGACAGAUUGCAUUUUGAUAUCUGUUGCAAAGGAAACUAAUUUGAAAGAAAAGGAUGAGAUUAAUUCUGCUGGAGAUGUGAUUGAAAUUGUGGAAUCAUCUGAUAAUGUUGUAGGUGAAACAUGUGAAGGAGUGUCUAAAAUAGCUGUUAGUGAUGCAAUUUCCUUGGAUCAUCAAGUGGGUGAUGGAGCUGUUCAUCUGAAGGAAAAUAAUGGCGCUGAGAUUAAUUCCUACAGAGAUGUGGUUGAAAUUGUGGAAUCAUCUGAUAAAGUUGUAGGUGAAAUGAGUGAAGAAGUGUCUAAAAUAGCCGUUUGUGAUAUAGUUUCCUUGGAUCAUGAAGUGGGUGAUGGAGCUGUUCAUCUGAAGGAAAAUAAUGGUGCUGAGUUCCUUUCUUUGUUGCCCCCAGAUAACCUCCCUCUUGAGUUAAACUCGGUUGUAAUCACAAAUGACGCACAGGGAGACUCUGCAUAUGUGGUACAGUUUGCUACUUCCAGUGAUGACAAAAUUUUGCCAGAAAAGGGAGAAGGAAAUGUUAAUGUUGAUCUUCUUCCUACGUGUGAUGAUAUAUCAGAUGAAGCACAUCCUCAAAGUGAGUAUGGAGACUUUAAAGAUCUUGAAGGAGUGGUAUACCAAAAUCCUUUCCUACAAUCAUCCGAGUCAUUGAAAUAUAAGGGAGAUGACUUAAAGAACAAUGUUACUGAGGAAAAUAAAUUUCAUUUCAAUGCAAACCAAUUGAGUGAAAAAAGUGACAUCCUCUCUCCAGAUAUGGAUGUUCUAGAUAAUAGCAUGAAGAUGGAGCUGGUCAACAGUGAGCCUACGCCUAAAGAAGUGCAUGCUGAACAGUGUACCGAAGUUUCUCCAGCCCAGCUCACAGUUGAAAGUCAUCAAAGAUCAGAUGAGACUGAUGCAUCUAUGAAAGCUAUGAAAACUGAGAAAAAUGAAAUUCAUAUGGUUCACUUUUCUGAAGAGCAUGGACCUGAUGAUGUGUGUAAAAAUUCCCAGCAGAUAAGUUUACCAGAAGAUAGUUUAAUGGCCUCUUCUAAUGAGAGUCAGAGGGACGAAUCCUUUAGGUCUGCAACUAGUGAAACAACUAGGGCAAUUAACAUAGACAGCACAAGUCAUCAUGAGGAAAAAAUAACUGAAAUAAAUGAUGUAGCUUUAGAUGGCAAGGAUGUAGAAUCUAAUUUAGAAAAUGAUAUUGAAAUUAUAUUGAAAGAUCUUCAACCUGGUGACAUCUUGCAAUCUGAAGUCAAGCAAUCAGAUGACUUAUUUAAGAGUGACAGCGCUGGUAAGAGUGAUGCUGCUGGUGAAAUGGGUAAAAAUGAACAAUGUGAUAUUCCUGAUGCUCAAUGUAUGGAAAGGCCUACUGUGAGUGAUGCUUUAUUGCCGAAAUCUGCUACUGGUCAUUUUGAAAGCCCAGCUAUUUCAGAGUCUUCAGACAUUGUGGAUGAUGGACCUGUGAACAAGUCAAAUGGUACAGAGUGCAGAAAUAUUAAUCCACUACCAGGUUCCCAGAAAGACAUAAAAGAAGAUGAAAUCAAUAUUAAUAUCAAACUAAAUGAAGAAUAUAACAAAUCUGUUGAUACUUAUACCGAAUCACGUCAAGCUCAAGAUGCUGGACUAUUAGUGAAAGCUACAGAAGACCUUGCUAGGGAAUAUACAUCUUUAACUACUGUACCUUCUGCUCAGCCGGACAGGGAAGUGUCUAAUGCUGUGCCUGUUCAAGAUCAAACUGGUAAUAACUUGGGUAAACUUGGUUCAUCCAGAGUUGAUGCUUCAGUUGACUCAGGUAGCCGGUGUGACAGUUUGGAAGGGAACUGGGGUUCUGUUUCAGUUCUCUCAAUGCAAUCCGAUGCACCAGCUGUUACUGAUGCUGAAACUUUGCCAUCAACUGGCUUGCUGGCAUCAACAGGGAAAUCAAGCUUGAACAACUCAAAAGCUACACCUGACAGACAGCAGUCUGGAAACUCAGAAAUGUUUGAACCACCAUCUUUCAUGACCUUGGUUGAUCCUAGUCAGGUUAGCCCCAAAGCUUCUGCUUCUGAAGUCCAGAAGGGGCAGAACACACAACAUACAGAUUCCACUUCACAGGCUGCUUGGUUUCCCACUCUCACGCAGGUUGUCAACGAGUCUCAAGGGAGGAAGAAGAAUGAAGAAAUAAUUGCCAAGGUGACAAACUGGAGCACCAGUAAGGAGCACACUCCUCUGAAGAGCCUCUUAGGUGAGGCUGCCCAUAGUAGCAAGCCAAGAUCUCCAAAAAUGGAAAACUCUGUGAAUCAGAAGAGUGGUAAAGUUCUGGAGAAGAAUGGUUCUGGAUUGACAACUGUUAACUCCAUUCUGGGUCCUGAAUCCCCUGUGGCUCAAGUGGUGAAAGGAGAGGCUGCAAAAGAAUGGAACUCUCCAGCAAGAUAUCCUGCAGACAUCAAGAGAGAAAAAAGGAAAGUCAAGAGCAGACCAUACUGGAUACAAUUGGUAUGCUGCACGUCAGUCGGUCCUCGGUGAAGGUAGAAAAUUACUAGGUUCUGAUAAUGCUUCCACUCAGCUCUCCACUCUGAUGGAUUCUUGUUAUUGACAUGCUAUUUGCAGUAUUUUUCUGUUUUUAGUUUGUCUUUAGGUGCAUAUUUUGAUCAUGUGUCUUCUGUUCAUUUUGGUAGCCUCCUAGGAGUUUGGUUUUAUAUGUUGACCAUCUUCAGUUAUUAUUUUAUCCUUGCAAUCAUACAUUUUUACUAUACUUAGUAACCUAUCAUUAUUUUGGCCUGGACCUAUAUUUUAGUCCGGUCUUAGUUCUUGAAAUUUUGGUCCCAAGGGUCGGGGCAUAUUGUCUCUGUCUUAGAUUAAGUCUCAUAAUAACUUGCAGUUUCUGCCUUUUA